AUGUUUGAUGGUAUUGAAUCGUUAUACAUUGGUCUAGGCCUUAUUUUACGAAUAUUUCUUGUCUUCUCUCAAACAAGAUUGAGAAAUUAUUUCGAACAAAGUGGAGAAUUCGUUACACCAUUAAAUUCUUGGAAACGCGUAAUUGAAGGAAUUUAUUUACGAAAACUAAAUGUUUCACCAUUUCUUGGAUCAGUUGUACACGAAACACCACUUUCGCUAUGUUUCUAUUCAAAAUUACAUACAAUAACAAAUGGACAUGUUGAAAGUUUAUUUAUUAUUGCUGAUCUCAUCAGUGGUUUUCUUGCAUAUAGAGCAGCAUAUUAUAUUCUACAUCGACUUUUCGAUCAACAAUUAAAAGAUAAAGCAACAUAUAAAGAUGAAAGAAAAAUGUUUUUAUUAACAAAAGCAGAUGUACAAAAAAAUGCUUAUAGAGUUUUACUUUGUGCAAUGGUUAAUCCAUUAUCAAUUGGAACAUGUGUUGCGAAAUCAAGUCUUGUCUUUCAUAAUCUUUUACUUACAAUGACUUUUUAUUUCUUUGUAACAUAUCAAUUAUUACCAUUUAUUUUAACAUUAUGUUUAGCUAGCUCAAUUUCUCUUUAUCCUAUUGUUUUAAUAGUACCGGGUUUAGUUCAAUUUUCAAAUAAUACUAAUAAUAAACGAUCAAUAGUUCGAGUAAUUUUUGUAUUAGUUUUAUUUAUUAUGGUUAAUAUUGGUAUACUAUAUCUUAAUUUCUAUCUUAAUCAUCAAUCAUGGUCAUUUGUUGAUGCAAUUUAUAGUUUUAUAUUCCAUGUACCCGAUUAUACACCAAAUAUUGGAAUAUUUUGGUAUUUUUUUACUGAAAUGUUUGAUCAUUUUCGUUCUUUAUUUGUUUGGACAUUCCAAAUGCAUGUUUUGAUUGUUUAUUUACUACCAUUUACUAUACGAUUAAGAAAUGAUCCAGCUUUUUUGUUUUGGUUAUUAUGUGCUAUAUUUUGUAUAUUUAAAUCAUAUCCAGCUUAUGGUGAUGUUGCAUUUUAUUUUAAUUAUUUACCAAUAUGGAGUUUUCUUUUUCGUUAUGUACGUCAGGGUCUUGUUAUUACUUGUAUGAUGAUUGUAGCAGCUUUAAUGACACCAAUUACAUGGUAUCUGUGGAUUUAUGCUGGUAGUGCCAAUGCAAACUUUUAUUUCGCAAUGACAUUUAUAUUUAAUAUAGCACAGACAUUUCUUCUCUCUGACUUAAUUUAUGCUUAUUUAAAACAACAAUUUUUUAUUAAAAAUGGUUUAACCAUUCCUCGAAUCAAUGGUGUUGAAGGUCAAUUAGAAUUUACUUAA